AUGGCGGGCACGCCGCGGGCGGCUUCGCACGCGGGAGCGUCGGAGCAGACGUGGAAGAGAGUCGGCAGGCUCGCGGUGGCGGCGCUGGCCCUGGCGCUCGGCCCGCGGCCCGCGUUGGUGGAUCCGGCGCGGCGAGGCGCCUUAAUCUCACCAGUGGUCUCCUUGGCACGUCCAGGCCCUGCUGCCUUGCCGGAAGGUGCACCAGCCUGGGCGGCUGAGCUGAAUCGCUUCCCAGGAGACACGGACAGCUUCCCGCGGAGGGAACCAGCGGACAAACAGAUUCGACUGUUCGUAGAACUUGCUUGA